AGCGCGACACAGACCGAGUGUAAAAUGAAAUGUUCAUGAACGUUUACAGGAAUAUAUAUAAAUAUUUUUUUUUGUCAAGAUGCUUUUUAAAUAUUGUGACCGUGUAGUUCUGACGGUUUUGUUGUUGGGGUUAUGCACGCGCUUUAACGCAGUAGCGGAAAGUGGCGAGAAAUUCCGCAUUGAGGGCCGCGCGCUCGUGUACGGCGUGAGAACUGAGGAGUGGACUCCGCUCGCUCACGUGCUGCUGGAUGGAGAGGAGCAUGUUGGCUUCGUCAGACUUGAUGGCAGUUUCACAGUAAAUGAUGUGCCGUCCGGAUCUUAUGUGGUCCACGUUGCGUCUCCGGUGUACAGAUUCGAGCCUGUCAGAGUUGACAUUACUGCAGCAGGCAAAAUGCGUGCCAGAAGGGUCAAUUACAUCAAGCCAUCUGAGGUAGUGCAGUUGCCUUACCCUAUUCAGAUGAGAUGUACAGGACAGCAUUCAUACUUUACAAAACGAGACACAUGGGUUUGGUCUGAUUUCUUCAUGAACCCUAUGGUUCUCAUGAUGGUGCUUCCCCUUUUGAUCAUUCUUCUUCUCCCAAAGCUUAUCAACAUGAAUGACCCAGGGAUGAGAAGGGAAAUGGAACAGUCAAUGAAUGUGCUCAAUCCCAGCCCUGAGCUUCCAGAUGUGUCUGAGCUCAUGACCAAGUUCUUUGCCCCACCUAAGAGCCAAGGUAAAUCAGGAACUCACAAGGGACACAGAGGCAGUGGUCCGCGUAGGAGAUAGCAUGUAUGUGA